GAUUUAUCUGCAGGAAUCUGAUCUCCCUGCCAAGGGUUUUCUAAUUGCAUAGGGAAAGACUGUCAGAGGAUUUUUGUCAUGGUGGAAGCCGUUUAACAAAAUAUUUGUGGAUUUUUUUUCAGUCUAGAGAAGGAAACUUGGACAUAUCAUAAAUGUCAAAGAUGUAAUUGUACCUUUUCCACGCUCAUCUCUGUUUACAUAAUCAUCCGAGCCUGUAUGUGGAUAAUAAGACGGUGUAUUCCCUGAAAUAUACUGUAUAUGAUUUUCCUCAUUAUAUUUGGCUUGUGGAUCUUCGACUACACUUCUCAGUUUUUCGGUAUUUUGAGGAUGUUCACAAGUCGUUUGAAUUUGAACGCAUUGUGGGACACACUUUCCAUCGUCACAGUCAGUUUCCAGAAAAAGUGACAGGCUGCAGAUGCUAUCUACCCCCUCUGUGGCUUAACUUUGUUUUGCCGUUGGGAGUGGAAAGGCUUUUGAGGCUACCCACCACUGUGAGCAGCCUUCGGGACCUUCUUGGUUCAAAGUCACCACACUACUGCUCACUCAGCUGCACAUUUGAUGAAUAAGUCAAAUGAAUGUAGUAUAACAUUUGCAUGCGUGACGCCUGACACCGCACGCAUUACCGAAACGCAAACAUGUCACAAUUACAAGUUGCUCUGCAGGCAACUAGAAAAGCAUCCGCUGACUGUUUGUUUAUCCAAGUGUGACCAUGAAUUUCAGGAGGCAUACUUAAUUGUUCACUGACAUGCGUUAGUGUUCUUCACCACUCUUCUUCUAUUAUGCUUUCUUGGCAAUGUGCCCUUCAAGUGCUGCUCCCUCCAUCACCGUAUUGCCUGACUGCAUUCCUCCCAUUCCUGCUGGCUUCCUGUGACUGGAAGAAGAGUAAGGCCUACUGGCCGCAAAACUCCACCUUGGAGUCAUACGCAUGUAUACCAUAUGUCUAUUUUCUCUUUUAAACUCAUCUUGGAGCCCCACUGCUGAAUCGGAACAUCUUCAAAUAAUAAAAUGUAACACAUGUUGGAAAAAAACACCACUUAAUAAAUUAAUGCUUUAUGCUUCCUUUUCUCCACAGGAACUGCUAACGGUGUUGUUUCCGUCAAUUAGUUUUCAAAAAAGAAAGUUCAAGAUUUCACUGUAAGUCUUCACAUAGCCUGCCAUGAAAUUGAAUUUACUUGAACGCGAUUAUUCCAUCCGAGGUUGAACUCAUGACUCGAAGUUAUGAGCUGUUGAGCCACAACAUAGCGUUGCUUAUCAUGUUUUCGAACUCCGGUCGUAAUUUUCCCCUUAAACAAUUGAAGUGCACAAUGGCCAACCUUAUGAUCCGUAGGGUCAGUCUGGGUCAAAGGAAACAAAACACUGGCUCACUUCACUGUCCUCAGCUGUCUGUUCAUUACACUGACGUGAACACGGGUUCUGGUAAAAGGUGGAUUUGGACACUUGGGAAAACAGGAGAGAGGUGGGGAGUGAAAAGCGCUCCAUGGUGUACUCCCUGGGUCGGUCGGCAGUCAAUCACAGGGCGCAUAUACACAAAUAACCACUCACACUCACUCCAGCCUCCAAUUAACCUCAGAUGCUUGUGAGAGGGAGCCUGAGUACCUUGGGAAAACACAUGCAAAUACAGGAGAGAACAUGCAACAUUUAUGGUGGUAUGAAAAAGUUUGGGCACCCCUGAUCAUUUUCAAGAUUUUCAGUUAAAAAUAUCAUAUAACAGAUGAACACGGUGAUAUUUGAGAAGUGAAAUUUGCAUGUUCUGUCUGUGCGUGCAGGAGUUUUCUCCAGGUACUCCGGUUUCCUUCCACAUUCCAAAAGCAUGUUCGGUUAAUUGCCGACGCCGAAUUGUGCAUAGAUGUAAAUGUGAGCUUGGAUAGGCUCCAGCAUACCCGUGACUCGGAUGGAUGGAUGUUAUGUUGACAUAGCACCUAUUCAUAUUAUGUUAUUUAAGCUGUUGUUCUCCAUUUUAUUGUUAUUACUAUAACUGGCGGCUGUUCUUGGUCUUUGAUUUCAGAAAAUAAAUAUCAACCCCAAAAAAUGUGACCUAUAGUUUGUUUAUUUUGCAUUUUUGACCAAGAGGGUACAUGCAAUUAUGCAAGCCCCCCCCUAACCCAGUGUCACAGAUAGAUUGCAGACCUGAGUGAAACUGCAUUGAAGAACACAAAGCCAAACAACAACACCACUGAACUUCCUGUGGACUAUAACACGCCCACUAGCAGCACAAUUAAAGGUGAUCCUGCUGCAAGUGUUCAGCUCACUUUCAGCAGGACUGCCGUGGGCUGAGGACAUGUUUUUGCUAAUUCACCUACAGUACUAUUGCGUCCAUGUUAGCUUAGUGCAACCAUGAAAAUGAAGAAGAUGUAUUCAACAACGACCAGCUUAGAACUCGUAAAGGAUGAGGAACAAUGUAAAAAAAUAUGUUUCUUUUGUGUGACUUAAACGUGACAGUUUAAGUGCCAAAAGAAAAUGACAAAACUCCAUCUGAGCUUCACGUCUGUAAGUGGAUGUGAUCGGCAAAAGUCCUUCACCACACAGACGUAGGGACAGUCCAUGGACCUGAGUGUCUCCCAAAGACUGGUUCAUCCAGGCCGAGAUUCGGCUAUGCUGGCCCCCCACCGUCCCUUAUUCCUGGGACCCUUUACCUCACAGCACUGCUCCCAGUUUUCCCACCAACAGUUACAGUACAACACUGAGCAAACGCAACGAGAGAUGGAGGCGGAGAAACAGGAAGAGCUACAGCAGCUAAUACGAAAAAGUAAAAAUGAACAAAGUGCUAUAGCCAGUCCCCUGGUGAGGCAGAAACUCAGAGAGCACAUCAUCAUGAAGAACCAGCCCACCCAUGACAGGCUGACCCCCAAACACAGCAGUCCCACGUCGGGGUACAGGCACCCGGUUCCAGACACGCCCCCAAAACCUCAGCCGCCACCCACUGACACCCAGCGUAAGGAACUGCGAAGAACAGUCUCUGAGCCGACAUUGAAGUGGAAGUUAAAGAAGCUCAUCAGCACAAGACCCAACCCUUUGCAGAGAAAGAUUAGCGCCCCCCCUGCUGUCAAGCACAAGACCGAAACUCUGGAUUCUUCCCCCAGCAGCACCCCAGCAUCGGACUGUAGCUCUCCCAACGACGGCCUCCAGUCAGACAAUGGAGUCCUUCCAGUGGCUCACGAGGCUCAGAGACUUCUGCUGAAGGACGGCAGAUUGGCUUAUUUCACUCUGCCCGGCAACCCGACCGUCAUGCCCAACAUUACAGCAGGACUGCCUGCACAGGCUGACCCACGAGUCGCCAAGACCGUGGCGGUAUCCGCUCUGCCCCAAGUCUACUUACCUCUGGAUGGAGGCUUUCCAAGCCAGGCUCACGGCCUGCAGCCUGUGCUCAUACUGGAGCCGCAUACGGGGCUCGUUCACUCCCAACUUAUCUCCUAUCAAGGUUUGAGUCCUCCAUCUCUGCAACAGCGACCCCACUUGACCUCCCCCACAAGAAGGGACGGCCACGUCACCUUUUCCUCCCACAAGCCCUUGGAGCGAACACGCUCGGAACCUCCCCCCUACAGCCCCUCCCACCUCGCCUUGCACCUCAGCCAUCCCACUCACACGCAGCAGCAGCAGCUGCCACAGCAAUGCCACAAGGGUGGGAUGGAGAGGUUGAAGUUAAAUUCCCACCUGAGCAAGAUCCCGUCAGAGGACAUGGACCUGGAGGAAAUCGGAUCCGAGUCUGGGUCGGUAUGCGGCUCCGAGGCGGGAUCCGUUUGCGAGGAGAGCUUCCACAGGAGACAGAGCACUGCCAGCACCGACUCCGUUUAUGACACCGAGUCCACUACCUCGUCACGGGAAAGCUUGAUUGAGACGUCACAUUGUGUCAGCCAGAGGCAGUUGGCCCAUAGACCAGGAUUCCUCAUGGACUGCCCUAACCUGCCUGUCCUGAUGUGGCCUCACCAGCCUCUGGUCCGGACUCAGUCCUCUCCAGCCUCAACGUCAUCCCUGCCUCAUCCAUCGUCAAUCAUGCCGGUGUCGCUGUCCAGUCCGGCUUCCGAUGCGCAGCUCCGCUUCACCACUGGUCUGGUUUACGACGCUCAGAUGCAGAAGCACCAGUGCUCCUGCGGGGACCACAGCUGCCACCCAGAGCAUCCUGGGAGAGUCCAGAGCAUUUGGUCCCGGCUCCAUGAAAGGGGCCUGCGGAGCCAGUGUGAGCAUCUUCGCAGUCGGAAGGCCUCUCUGGAAGAGCUCCAGUCAGUCCAUUCAGAAAAACACGUGCUUCGGUACGGCACCAAUCCUCUGCACCGCCUCAAGUUGGACAACCCGAAGUUGGCCCGAAUCUUGGCUCAACGGAUAUUUGUAAUGUUACCAUGUGGAGGAGUGGGGGUAGAUAAUGACACAAUCUGGAACGAGCUUCACACGGCAGCAGCUUCUCGUAUCGCUGCCGGCUGUGUCAUCGACCUGGCGCUGAAGGUGGCACAAGGAGAGCUGAAGAACGGCUUUGCGGUGGUGAGGCCGCCUGGGCACCACGCAACACACUCCUCACCUCUGGGCUUCUGUUACUUCAACUCUGUCGCCAUCGCCGCCAAGCAGCUCCAGCAGAAACUCAGCGUGGGCAAAAUCCUCAUCGUGGACUGGGAUGUUCACCAUGGCAACGGCACCCAGGAAGCCUUCUACAACGACCCGAGCGUCCUGUACAUCUCCCUCCAUCGCUACGAUCAUGGCAACUUCUUUCCCGGUGGCGGACAUCCAAACGAGGUCGGUGCUGGGGCGGGCGAGGGUUUUAAUGUCAACGUUGGAUGGACGGGCGGUUUGAAUCCUCCCAUGGGCGAUGCUGAGUAUUUGGCUGCAUUCAGAGCCGUGGUGAUGCCCAUCGCCCACGAGUUUUCCCCCGAUCUUGUGCUGGUGUCGGCGGGCUUCGACGCUGUGGAAGGUCAUUUACCGUCGCUGGGAGGCUACAAGGUCACAGCGAAGUGUUUUGGCUUUCUGACCCGACAACUGAUGUCGCUGGCCGGCGGUCGGGUGGUUCUAGCCCUGGAGGGGGGACACGACCUCAAGGCCAUCUGUGACGCCUCCGAAGCCUGCGUUAGUGCCCUGUUGGGAAUGGAGGUGGAGCCACUGGCACAGUCCGUGUUGGACCAGAAGCCGUGUGAAAACGCGGUGCAGUCACUACUGAGUGUCAUCCAGGUUCAAGGCGACUACUGGCAGAGCGUGAAGGACGCCGGCGCCACGGUGGAGCUGUCCUACCUGCAGGCCCAGAGAAGAUGGCUGAGGCGAGAUUCGGACAGCGACGCCGUCAACGCCAUCGCCGCCCUGUCGAUGACCGCCGGCGCCUCCGAGAGGAAUCAUUCGGAAACGACGGCGGAGAAAAGUCAUUCCACAUGAAGAGCGAAUCCCGAAUUUAGACGUGAAGCAGACGUUUCCUCGGGCUGAGUGGAGGCAGAUGUCUCCACCUUGACCUUGUAAAUGACCUUCACACCGCCUGCUGUAGCCUGGAAGGCCAGGUCAAAGGUCGCCUGCUGGAUGUAUGUACAGUACCCGUACGUCUCAUGAUGGCGCCGCCACUGAUCACAUGACAACCCGCCUUUUGCACUGUACACUGUGGGACGUUGCCGUGGAUACGUGGACGUUUGUUUCGCAAAAAAACUCCGGCAUCCGUUGACCAGACUCAUCAACUUCAUCCCGACUCGAGCCUUUCGAGUAUUUGACACAAGACACAAAUCACCCAUGAUGCCUCGGUGCGCCGCCGCCACUCAUCCAUGAUCGAUGGAGUCCGGUGGGCGUGGUUUUGUUAUGAAUUAUUAUUUUGUACCUGUGGACGAGCAUUCCUGCUGUGGUUCUUAUUCAAGCUUUUGUAUUUCCUCGCUAA